AUGGCGGCCCUAAACGCGUUGCCCGUCGUCGCUCAAACCUCGAAUGCGCUUGACGCGUCAACCCUCACCAACGCGAAAGCAUUGAAGUCCCGCUCAUGUGCCCUCAACAGCGGCUGCUUCGGCGAGCGCGUCGCUAAGGACGCGUCGCUGAGAGCCAUCAGCGGGAAAGCCGCUCUUUCCGGCCUCGUAAAGGCGCACAAGACUGGCCGAAGCGGCGUUGCGUGCGCCUCGCUAGACCCUCCCAAGGCUGUUAGCGCGGACGCGCCGCCGGCCUUCACGGCGUGGGGCGAUGAUGCGCUGAACCCCGCCGGGAAGCGCACGGAUAUCAAGAAGAUCAUGAUCCUGGGCGCUGGACCCAUUGUGAUUGGCCAGGCCUGCGAGUUCGACUAUUCUGGGACCCAGGCGUGCAAGGCGCUGAAGGAGGAGGGGUACGAGGUGAUACUGAUCAACUCCAACCCCGCCACCAUCAUGACGGACCCCGGCACCGCCGAUCGCACCUACGUCGCUCCCAUGACGCCCGAACUCGUGGAGCAGGUGAUUGCCAACGAGCGCCCCGACGCGCUGCUCCCCACCAUGGGCGGGCAGACGGCGCUGAACCUGGCGGUGGCGCUGUCGGAGCGCGGCACGCUCGACAAGUACGGCGUGGAGCUGAUCGGCGCGAAGCUGGACGCCAUCAACAAGGCGGAGGACCGCGACCUCUUCAAGCGCGCCAUGGACAAGCUUGGCAUCAAGAGCCCCAAGUCCGGCACUGCCAAUACGCUGCAGGAGUGUUUCGAGAUCGCGCGUUACAUUGGCGACUACCCGCUGAUCAUCCGCCCGGCGUUCACGCUGGGCGGGUCGGGAGGCGGCAUUGCGUACAACGAGGAGGAGUUUGAAACCAUCUGCAAGGCCGGGCUCAGCGCCAGUGCCACGUCACAGGUGCUGAUCGACAAGUCGCUGCUGGGGUGGAAGGAGUACGAGCUGGAGGUGAUGCGCGACCUGGCGGACAACGUGGUCAUCAUCUGCUCCAUCGAAAAUAUCGACCCCAUGGGCGUGCACACCGGCGACUCCAUCACCGUCGCUCCCGCUCAGACCCUGACUGACAAGGAGUACCAGCGCCUGCGUGACUACUCAGUGGCGAUUAUCCGUGAGAUCGGAGUGGAGUGCGGGGGCUCCAACGUGCAGUUCGCCAUCAACCCCAAGGACGGCGAGGUCGUGGUGAUCGAGAUGAACCCGCGUGUGUCGCGCUCCUCGGCGCUGGCGUCCAAGGCCACGGGCUUCCCCAUCGCCAAGAUGGCCGCCAAGCUCUCCGUUGGCUACACUCUGGACCGCAUUCCCAACGAUAUCACCAAGAAGACCCCUGCGAGCUUCGAGCCAUCCAUUGACUACGUGGUCACCAAGAUCCCGCGCUUCGCAUUCGAGAAGUUCCCAGGCUCCGAGCCCACGCUCACCACCCAAAUGAAGUCCGUCGGCGAGGCCAUGGCCAUCGGCCGCACCUUCCAGGAAAGCUUCCAAAAGGCGCUCCGGUCCCUCGAGACCGGGCACUGGGGGUGGGGGUGCGAGCCGGUGAAGCAGCUGGAGUGGUCCCUGGACGACCUGAAAUAUUCCAUGCGCGUGCCCAACCCCGACCGCAUGUACGCCAUCUAUGCUGCCAUGAAGCGCGGCAUGAGCCAGCGGCAGGUGCAGCAGCUGACGAGCAUGGACCCGUGGUAUCUGUCGCAGAUGGGGGAGCUGCUAGAGGUGGAGGAUUUUAUGGGCAAGCUGGAUGGGAACCUGCGUGCGCUCACCAAGGACGACAUGCAGCAGAUCAAGCGCCGCGGGUACAGCGACCGGCAGAUUGCAUUCGCGCUAAAGAGCACGGAGGAGGAGGUGAGGAGCUACAGGCUGGAGCUGGGCGUGGUGCCGGCGUUCAAGCGCGUGGACACGUGCGCGGCGGAGUUUGAAGCGAUGACGCCGUACCAGUACUCGUCGUAUGAUGAGGAGAACGAGGGCCAGCCCGAUGCGGAGCGCAAGGUGCUCAUUCUCGGCGGCGGGCCGAACCGCAUCGGGCAGGGGAUUGAGUUUGACUACUGCUGCUGCCACGCGUCCUUUGCGCUGCAGGCUGCAGGGUUUGAAACAAUCAUGAUGAACAGCAACCCGGAGACUGUCUCUACAGACUAUGACACGUCCAACCGGCUCUACUUUGAGCCGCUGACAGUGGAGGAUGUGAUCAACGUCAUCAACCUGGAGCGCCCCGAUGGGAUUAUCGUGCAGUUCGGAGGGCAGACGCCUCUGAAGCUCGCCGUGCCGAUCCAGAGGUAUCUUGAGAAGACGCAGCUGCAGGCGGCGAGCGGGGCCGGCCCGGUGCGCAUCUGGGGGACGUCCCCGGAUUCGAUUGACGCGGCGGAGGAUAGGAAGCGGUUUGAGGCGAUGCUGAACGAGCUGGGGAUCAACCAGCCGCCCGGGGGGAUUGCACGCAGCGAGGAGGAUGCGCUGGCGGUGGCGAAGCGCGUGGGGUAUCCGGUGGUGGUGCGCCCGUCGUAUGUGCUGGGAGGGCGGGCCAUGGAGAUUGUGUAUAACGACGCGGCGCUGCAGAAGUACCUGGUGACGGCUGUUGAGGUGGACCCUGAGAGGCCCGUGCUGGUUGACAAGUACCUCUCGAACGCCACAGAGUUGGAUGUGGACUGCUUGGCGGACAGCACGGGUGCAGUGACCAUAGGCGGCAUCAUGGAGCACAUAGAGCAGGCGGGCGUGCACUCUGGCGACUCUGCUUGCUCCCUGCCCACCCAGACCAUCUCAGAGGAUGCUCUAGCCACCAUCCGCGACUGGACCACCCGCCUUGCUCGCAAGCUGAACGUGGUGGGUCUGAUGAACUGCCAGUACGCAGUCAUGCCAACAGGCGAGGUCUACAUCAUCGAGGCCAACCCCCGCGCCUCCCGCACCGUGCCCUUCGUGGCCAAGGCCAUCGGCCACCCGCUCGCCAAGUACGCGUCCCUCGUCAUGGCGGGGAAGACCCUGCAAGAGCUGGGCUUCGACAAGGAGGUGAUCCCCAACCACGUGUCGGUGAAGGAAGCCGUGUUGCCCUUUGACAAGUUCCCCGGCUGUGACGUGCUGCUGGGCCCGGAGAUGCGGUCCACCGGGGAGGUCAUGGGGUUGGACGCCACGUUUGCGAAGGCGUUUUUAAAGGCGCAGGUGGCGGCGAAUCAGCGGCUGCCAACUGGCGGGUCGGUGUUUGUGAGCCUGAACGAUCUGACCAAGGAGAGCGGCGUGGAGGUGGCCAAGAGCUUUGUGGAUCUGGGGUUCAAGAUACUGGCCACUGAGGGCACGGCCAACGUGCUGGAGAAUGCGGGCAUUGAGGUGGAGAGAGUUCUCAAGCUGCACGAGGGGCGCCCCCACGCUGCUAUGCAAUCCUCUCCCUUGUUUUCCUCCCCACCACCAGGCGAUCUGGUGUCCAACGGGCAGAUCCAGCUGCUGGUGAUCACCUCAGCGGGCGAUGCGCUGGACCAGAAGGACGGGCGGCUGCUGCGCCGCACAGCGCUGGGCAAGAAGGUGCCCAUCAUCACCACCAUGGCCUCUGCUCGUGCCACCGUCAAGGCCAUCCGCGGGUUGAUUGAGUCGCCGAUCGAGAUGAAGGCCCUGCAGGAUUAUUAUGUUGCUGGGAGCAAGGAGGCUAUUGCUGAUGCUGCUGCCACCGCUGCUGCUGCGGCGGCAGUGAGUCGGUAA